UUCACCAUGUCAGCUGUCCCUAGGAUGGUGCUAUUAUGGUGUCACCACUAUCACUUUACCUAGUGUUUAUACACAUUGCUCUCCAAAGCAUAUAUACUAGUGAAUGUGCCUUUAAUAUAUUCAGGUAUCCGUUGAAUAGAGUAGAGAAGAAAUAUGGAGGCAUAUCAGAGAACGAGAGACUUAGACUUAAGAAGGACACCAAAGAAAUGUUUUAUUUUGGCUAUGACAGCUACAUGAAAUAUGCUUAUCCCAAAGACGAACUUAAUCCCAUAUACUGUAAUGGAAGAGGACCAGAUUAUGACAAUCCGUCCAAUAUCAACAUUAAUGACAUUCUUGGAGAUUAUUCUUUGACCUUGAUUGAUGCCUUAGACACGCUCGCUAUUCUUGGGGAUGCUGGGGAGUUCCGUAAAGCUGUGACACUAGUCAUUGAAAAUGUUAGCUUUGAUAAGAACUCGACUGUCCAAGUCUUUGAGGCGAAUAUCAGGUUGUUGGGAGCAUUACUAUCAGCUCACCUGCUCAUUCAAGAUGAAAAUAAACCAUUUGGGAAUCUUGAACCUGAAUGGUAUGAUGGGGAACUACUUGAGAUGGCAUCUGAUCUUGCUUCCAGAUUCCUUCCAGCUUUUGAUAACUCCAAGACUGGUCUUCCUCAUCCUCGGGUGAAUCUCCGAGAAGGAGUACCAGAAGGUAGCCGCACUGACACAUGCACAGCUGGUGCCGGAUCCCUUCUUGUUGAGUUUGGGGUUCUCAGUCGCCUCAUUGGUGAUCCAGUAUAUGAGAUGUCUGCUAGGAGGGCUAAUAGGGUCCUUUGGAAAUUAAGAAAUUCAGAAACUGGACUGUUGGGUAAUGCUGUGGAUGUGGACACGGGCAAGUGGGUAGGGGAGUUGAGUGGUGUUGGAGCUGGACUAGACAGCUUCUAUGAGUACCUUCUGAAAGCUUACAUCCUCUUUGGCCACCCAGAGGACUUCGCUAUGUUUAAUGAGACGUACUCAGUUAUAAAGCAGUAUAUGAGAAGGGGCCGCCCACACUGUAACUCUGGGUCAGGUGAUCAUCCUUUGUAUGUUAAUGUUGAUAUGAAGAAUGGUGGGACACAAACUACCUGGAUUGACUCUCUCCAGGCUGCAUUUGCUGGAAUACAGGUUCUAGCGGGUGAUGUGGAGGAAGCCAUCUGCACACAUGCUCUCUAUUACACUAUUUGGAAAAAGUAUGGUGUGCUCCCUGAGAGAUUCAAUUGGCAGCGUAUUUCUCCAGACGUCAUGUUCUACCCUCUGCGACCUGAAUUUGUGGAGUCUACAUAUUUACUCUACCAGGCAACAAGAAACCCAUUUUACCUGCAUGUAGGUAGAGAUAUAUUGACAUCUCUCAAUAACCUCACCAAAGCCCAGUGUGGUUAUGCCACCAUUCAUUCCGUCUUGGACAUGACUCUUGAGGACCGCAUGGAAUCAUUUUUCCUCUCGGAAACUUGCAAAUACCUUUAUUUGUUAUUUGAUGUUGAUAAUCCCGUCAACCUCAACUCCCAUCGGUACAUGUUCACCACAGAGGGGCACAUUCUACCCCUGGCUCCUUGGCUUCGACAACACAGCUGGGAUGCCGACCUCUUUCCGGCUGUUGAUCAAGUGACGCCAACGAAUGUUUCACAGGCAAAUUGUGCUGUCAUUGAUGACGAGAGACUUUACGGCCUUCCACUCAAAAGUCAGUAUCUAGAACAAAUAUCUGUGUCCCUUGGUGUUGAAUUAUGAUGACUGGUCAUAAUAGAAACUCGUAUUCCUUUAUUAUAGCAUUGGAGUUGUACAGGUAGCCCUCACUUAACGAAUGAGUUAGGUUCUUGGGAAACAAUUUGUUAGGUGAAUUUUCGCAUCUUGAAUUAAAGAACAAAUGAAAAAAUAGGGUUCGGUUUCCAACGACAAGAAAACCCAAUAAUAUAUCCCAAGAAUAUUAAAUCAGUUCACGAACACCAAAAAACCUCCCGAACUUAUGAAAAUUAGUACCCAACUACUGUAAUUUACUACCUAACACAUUAAAAACAUUAAUAAAAUGCAGUACAGAUUGAAGCUUCCAUAUCAGGCAACCAUGGCACCAGCUCCGAGUUGGAUAUAGGACAUUAGCGUUAUUUAGAAGGCUGUAUUUUAUAUGCAUGGUACUUGUAACAGGUUACCGAUACACUGUAUACCUGUACCUUUACACUAUACAGUAUAACAAUUGUGCUACUUCAAGCAACAUUUGUAUACUAUCUAGAUAGAAAUAUGCAGCUUAAACUAUUAAGGAAAAGCUAAAUGAGAGUUUAACACAACCGGCAUUUGCAUAAGACUGGCUGCGUGGCCUCAAAUUUUGCCAUAGCAACACAGCCCAGCUGGGACACUGCCUCUGCUGAUCCCCUUAGCAACUGAGGCUCCAACACCUCACCCACCCCCCCCUCCCACUCACCUGCUCAGUGUGCUAAUUUUUGUACACAAAAACAUGUUUAUUCCCUUUAUGUUUCUGACUUUAUGAUAUAUAUAUUUUUACUUUUUUGCACCUUAUGUAUGUAGGAUUGUAUGUGCAUUUAUAACUGAGUAAAAAAAAAAAUGAAAAUGACCAUAACAUAGCUUACAGCUUAGCCUGGUGAGUGAGAAUACGUUUUCACAUCUCUCCAAGAUGGCUGCCCCAACAGACUCCCGGGGGUGUACGAUUUGAAUGUUUGCUUGGACCAUAAUAUGUAAAAGUGAGGGUAGCUUUCGUUAAAUUAGAAAAUUUGGAUAAGCGGAUUUUCGUAUCUCAAAUGUUCGUAAAACAAGGAUGCCUGUAGUAUAUGUCACUGUUUUGUUACUGAAAACUUUUAUGCAUAGCACAAGUAAUUCAUAAUACUGUAAUGGCAUUGUAUUUGUUAUUUAUGGCAUUAUGGGAAAUCUUCCUUCAGAAUAUGAUAACUUAAUAUUUCUCCCAUUAUUAGACAAUCUUUAAACCCAUUCUUACUUCAUAAUAUAGUAACUUGUUUUAAUGGUUGCUGUCAUACAUAGAUUUGCAAGCUUGGCCAUGUAGUAAGGAAAGGAUUAAACAAAUUUCAGGUGUAACACUGUACAGUACUGCACUAUAAAGUUAAGCUUAUUUUUUCUGUGCUUUAUGAUGUUUUUUACUUCACUUCUCAUUUAGGUAUACUGUACUGUACAGUCCCCUAAAAAGGUAUCGUUAACCGUGGAGUCGACGUGAUUUGACGGUUUCUAAGCAAUUUUGCUCAACCUGUUUCUGAACAGUUGGUAGUUCUACGUUGGCAACUUUUGAGCAUGAAUGAGUAAGUAUACAGUAUAAAUUUUCAAACUAUAUAUACAUUAAUAUAGCUUAAUGGAUUUCUUGUUAUAUUGAAGUACAGUACAGGGUAUGUAGUAUAUAUGCCAUACAAGGAUGACUCACUCCCCCCAAUCCUUACCCCAUCUCUAGCUUUUGCUGAUAUGGUAAGCAGGCAUACCAACUUAUCAUGAUGCACUGGGGAUCAUAUCAAAGCAUAUCGUCUAGCAUUUCAAAUUUUAGCGACAAAGAAUCUAACGAUACUUUUUUGGGGGGGACUGUACAUGUGAUAUAUAAUUAUCUCAUUAGUUUAAUAAAUUAUAUCUUCAUAUAUUUCAAAGUAAUUGUAAGUUAAGUCAUAUACUGUAGUAUGAAAUGUCAUACAGUGUUAUAAUAUUAUUUUAGUGUAAAGUUUUAUUCCUUAUGAUUUUUAUGCUUAUUUAUAUUGUUAUUAAUUUUGAACUCCACUAUUCACAAUGUGUUACCCUCUAAAAAAUCAGUACAAACUUAAUAUCUUAACUCUUAUCCUGUUCCUUACUUUAUGGCUGAGCCGGCAUGUGUACUGUAUGAUGGCAAUAACAUACAUUAAGAGUACAGUACUGUAGUUUGUAGGGCCUACAGUGACAAAAUGUUUAAUAAGUAAUAUCGUAAGAAAACGUUCACAUAUUCCUUGUUGAUUCAUGUGUUUUAAUGCAUGGGUGAAGGGAGGUGGAACUGUGCUGUAAUGACAAAAUUAUAUAAAGAUUAUAAGAGUAUUUUCCACAAAAAAAAAAGUGAAAAUCUUCCCACUUUUGCAGGGCUUUUUUAUUGGGGGGGGUUAGUAGUACAGUAUAUACUGUGUUAACUUCUUGUGUACAGGGUUCCCUCUCUGCUGAAUAAAAUUGUCUUGGUGUUUACUGAAUAGAAUGUUAAACAUGGCAUCCCUGUAGUGAAGGAGUUAACAUUGUACUACAGUACCUAAAACACAGUAACCCUCUCUCAACUUCAUGUGAUGUAAUUAAUAUGUAGGUGCCAUGAAUGAUUGUCACUCACAGGUAAAGUACCUGUGAGAGGCAGCCAUUGAAACCAGCAGUGACUAAAAUAUUAAUCUUAGAAUUCAUCUUCAUUCAUGUCAUGGCUAUUAUUAAGUACUCGGUUUAAAUGACUACUGGUAAUUUGUGCCUGAUGAAUACUAAAAGCACUAUUGGAGGCAGAACUGGGCAGUGUAGUUAAGCAAAGUACUGUACUGUACUGUACUCUACUGUACUGUACUGUACUGUACUGCAAAAGAAAUUGAGCAUAAUAUUUAAAGCUCCUGCCCUUUUUUUGAGAGAGAGAUAGUUGUCAAACAUGUAUUGAUAGGCACUAUAAUGUAAGUAUCUUUAUUUUUCUCUUAAUUUGAAAGAUAAUUAUGUGUUCAGUGGUGUUGGAAUUUUAGGUCUGUAGAUAGCUUGUGUUUCUUAGUCUCAAGAAGUAAAUUACAGUACUACUGCAAGCUGUAAAAGUGACCAACCACGGUUUUCUAAAGAAACAAUUAUUGGUAUUUUUAGUUAUUUGCCAAAAAAAUUAUAUAUAAGGUAUAUUUGAGGUCAAGAGAAGGAUUAAACUGAUUAGUUUACUGUAGUACUUCAAAAUCCCGGUGUUCCUAUCUGGAUUUAUUCUGCGAGGAACAUUUUGUCAGGAAGGAUGUUUUGUGUAGAGUUAUAGCCUCAACAUUUUUUUAUGUAAGGUCAUUCAAAUGUAGAUUUGUUCUAGCUAAAUUUUCUUUCUGUAGAAUUGGUGUAACUUUAUAUUAUUUAUGUAGCGUUGAUCUAACUUGAAGAUUCUAUUCUGUAGAGUUGUUUCAGCUUCAUAUUCUUUACGUAGAAUUGUCCGAGCUUCAGAAUUUUGUUUACAGGUGAAAUUAAUUUUGAGUUUGUUAUUCUGUGGAAAAUAAUGAAUGUGUGUGUAAGAUUGAUGUGAAUCUUCACCAAUGUCUCAAGUUAUGUCAUCACAGCCUUGCUUCAGAUCACUCUUGUGUGGCUUAACUACCUACGUUAUGAUUACAUGUUUUGAGCUUAACUGUGGAUUCCUCGUACAGCUAAUUGUUCCAUCUAUUGAUAUGUACAGUACCGUAUUCCGUGUACAGUUACAAGUUCAUGAAAUAAGUACUGUACAGGGUUCUUCAAUAGUUGUAUAUAGAAGCUUUUGUGAAAAAUGGUUGAGGAAUAUUACUGUGUGUUGGUCAGUACUUUCUCCUGUAGUUGAGUAUCAAGGCAUCAUCACUUCUGGCUUACUAAAAUUAGUUAAAAAAAAAAAGAGGUACUUAUAGAUGCAAAAUGUAUUAAAAGAACAACCUCUUACAAGUUACAGUAUAUUUUUGUGUAAGAGUUUUAGGACACUACAUAUUGUUAAUCAGAAUAUGUGACUGAUAAUUACUUGCUUCCAUAUGUGUGUUACUGGGAGGAAAAUGUGAAUUAAUACAUUGAGGGAAGAAUAGAUGAGGUGACAAAGGGAAUAGAGAUAAUAAAGGAAAUGUGUAAUGAGAGGGAAGCCUGGAGACUUCAGUCACUGUCAGGGGUGAUCUCAGGGGAGUGAAUGGUCACAGAUAAGAUGUACUGGUAUGUUAAUAGGCAAUACUGUUAUAUAUAUAUAUAUAUAUAUAUAUAUAUAUAUAUAUAUAUAUAUAUAUAUAUAUAUAUAUAUAUAUAUAUAUAUAUAUAUAUAUAUAUAUAUAUAUAUAUAUAUAUAUAUAUAUAUAUAAGGUACGUACAUUACUAACCUUACUAACAUCAUAAUAUCAUAGAUCAUUCCAUCCAUCUCAUAAAAGAGAUUACAAAAGGUUCUAGCUUGUCUUAAAUGACAGUAAGAAGCAAAGCCAUCUCUGUAGUAAUGGCUGAUUACCCCCAACAGAGACCAAAAUAACCAAGAUUAACCAACUGUUUUUAAGAAUCAUAUGCGUGAAGUUUGGUUGCAAUGCUUCCAAAAGAAUUUUGGUUAUUGUGCUAACACCAUCUGUCACCAAUGGGUGGAUGGAUGGACUGCACAGUGACUGUAUCCCCAAACCUUUUAGGCUGGGAUUACAAAAGUAAAACAGUUUUGCUCAAUACCUCCUCUUCCACAUAGGACCAUACCUUUGGUUAUAACCUAGUUGGACAGACAGUACUAGAUGUAAUCAUUCCCUAUACUCAUAUAUUUUUUCUUUCUUCUUUAAAAUCUCUCAUAAACUAAGAGUCUGAUACUUUUGUCCAUAUUACUGAACCUAGAAGCAACUAAGUACUGUACUAGUUUGAUAAUAUAAAACAGUUCGCAAAAUUUUUGCAGCAAAAUAAUUUUUUUUAUUGAUAAUGGUACACAAUGUUAUAGUUAUUUAUUCAGAAUUAGCAGUAUUCUUUCUUUCAUUCCCAUUUUGGCAUUACAGUACUGUACUUGUAUAUGAAUAUCUUCGAGUACCCCCUAACCAUUUUAGUAGGAAUAUUUCAAAAAUUAAAUGUGGUAUAUAUAUUAAGCAACCUUGCAUAUGUUAAACAAUGGCAUUGUGGAUAAAGCAAGGGAAGUCUUGAAAUACAUACAAAUUACACAAUGGGGAAAAGUUGUACCUGUAUAAAACUUUGUAUUUCUUUUGCAUACUAUGCAAUCUAACAGCCAAAUUUAGUGCCUUUCUACAUGUAACUGAGUAUUUUUCCAUGCCUAGUACUGUACCGGUGUCCCAAAUAUUCUUGAACACUGUUUCUUCAGUGUAGGAUUAUGCCGAUUUAUCUUUGUAUUUAGACUUGACCAAUUAUGAUUACCACGUAAACCAAGUAAAGAACCAUGCAAAUAAAUAAAUUUAUAUGAAUAAAUA